GUGUGUGUAUCUGCAGGCGCCACGUCGGCAGAACCGACAGGCUGAGGAGAAUCUGCUGCCGAAGAAGAAGAAGUGAGACAGUGAAGCGAUAAAAGUGUCUAAAAGUAAACCGGCCGAAGAAGAGAGUCGCUGAAGCUUCACUCUUCCACAGCUGCGUUUUCUCCAGGAGAGAUAGCCUCAACUCAAGCUGCAGCAGCCUCAGGUGUGUCGCUGGAACAAUGGUGAAGAACGUCAACAGCAUAAGCGUGGAGCCGCAGCCCGGGACCAGCCUGGCCACAGAUGAGGCAGAACCCACCUACAGUCCGUCUGUGGAUGACUCCGGUAAGGACCAUGCAGCACCGGCUCCUGGUAUGGUGUGGCGAGUGACUGGAGGCCUCUUCAAUGUGACCAAAGGGGUGGUGGGAGCAGCGGUCGGGGGAGUGGCCUGGGUCGGGGGCAAGAGUCUGGAGAUCACCAAAUCAGCUGUGACCACUGUGCCUUCAAUGGGGGUGGGGCUGGUGAAAGGCGGGGUGUCCGCUGUGGCUGGCGGCGUCUCGUCGGUGGGCUCCACAGUCGCCAACAAGGUGCCCUUCACAGCCAAGAGGAAAGACAAGGCUGAGUGAAGAUGUUUCUGAAGACACACCCUUCCUGAGCCAAAUGAAGCAGCCAGCAGCUUCACUCUGACUGUCACUUAAGUCCACGGUGCCUCCAAUGACUUUCUUGGAACAGAUUUCAGCUCAGUUUUAAAUUUUGACUCCACAACUGUCCCAACAAAGUCAUCAUUCCAGCGGGACCCUUUGGAUCCAGCUCCAUGUGUGCUGCAAAGACUGGAGUCCACAUCAGCACGUGGCAGACUUGAUGAACCUUUGUUGACACAGAAGCUCCACGCAUCCUGCUCCUCCUUACAUCCGCACACACCCGGUGACCUCUGAACGAGGCUAUUUUAGCUUUUUGUUUGUUUGAACAGAAUAAAUCAUUAUGUAUAAUAAAUCAAAUGUUUUUACGCUGCAGCUCUACAAAGUUUUCGUGGUGGAUAUAAAAGUGAAUUUGUUAAAUUGAGUCAAACUGCUCUUUAAUGCUGAUGCCCAUAUAUACAUAUAUGCGCAAUAUCAACAUGUCAAUGCAACAGCUGCAGUGAGUGGGACUUUUUGAGCGUCAAUGUUUGUUAUAAUAAAGUAGA